CGCGACGGUCGCGAUAGAAAAGAGCGGACCCCGUUUGCAAAUACACGAUCUCAAUUACGAUUCUCGAUUCCCCUUUCUUCUCGCCUUUCUUCGUUUUCUCGGAUUUCUCGAGUGCGCGCCUACGAUUUGAAUCAAGAAUGAUAGCUGUCCGGCAAUUGCCGCUAUCAAAUUAGAUGAGUGAUAUUCCUCGGACCCGGCAAAGUGACAAUUAAUGCCAUUCGUAGACAAAAAAAACAGAAGAAAAACGAGACACAAAAAGCCGUGAUUUCAACUGUAAAUCAAUGAUUUACUGUUGUAGAACGCACCCAGUCCAGUAAAAUAAGACUAGAAACAGCAAAAGGAAGUACAAUUAAGAAGGAAAGAAACUAAAAGUCAUGUAUACAGCGAAAAACGUACGCCCGCGCAGCAGCCUCUCCACAGACGACAAUCACCGGAUCAAGGACACCAAUCGGCCCCACAAGGCCCGCAGCAACACGAUCCUGACCCUCGCCGCAUUCUGCGUCUUCCUGCUAGUCCUCUGCGGCUUCCUGCUGGGCGCCCUCGUCUACGUGGGCAAGAACAUAGCCGAGGAGCACCAGAGGCAGCAGCACGCGAAUGCUUCCCAGUGGGCCUUGAACUCCACCAUCCGCACAGUUUACGUGGAUCGGGACCAGUUGCUAUCCACCAAGCCCAUUAUCAGUGUACUUUCAGAUAGUCGCGUUCACACCACCCAAGUGCCUACCAGCAGAAAAUCGAGCAUAAUGGCCACUGUGGCGCCCGCUGUAAAAGCCGCGAGCAAGGUGCUCCAGAAUCUGGGAUUCCGGCUGCCCAAACAGAUUAAGCCAAGCAAGUACCGCCUUCAUUUGCGGCCCGAUCUCGGACGGAAGAACUAUUCCGGCAAUAUAAGCAUCAGCCUGCAAGUCCUGGAGCCCAUAGCCUUCAUCCCAGUCCAUGUGAAGCAACUGAAUGUGAGCACCGUUGAGGUGAAGCGCCUGGAUGAAUCGGGAGCGCCGCUCAAGGACAUCACCCCCACGCUGACCUUUGCCCAUCCGGAGUUUGAGUACUGGGUCACCGAGUUCGAACAGCCGCUGGAGGCGGGAAACUACUCACUGCUGCUCAACUUUACGGGAUCGCUUGUAGAUCGGAUUACGGGGAUGUACCAGAGCUCCUACUUGGACAAGCUGAAGAACCGCUCCAGAUCAAUCAUCUCCACCAAGUUCGAGCCCACUUAUGCCCGCCAAGCCUUCCCCUGCUUCGAUGAGCCCGCUCUUAAAGCCCAGUUCACCAUAACGGUGGCCCGUCCAAGUGGUGAUGAGUACCACGUGCUGUCCAACAUGCCAGUGGCCAGCGAGUAUGUCGAUGGCGAUAUCACCGAGGUGACUUUCGCAGAGACCGUACCCAUGAGCACCUAUCUGGCCGCCUUUGUUGUGUCUGAUUUUCAAUACAAGGAAACCACUGUGGAGGGAACCAGCAUUGCAUUGAAAGUCUAUGCCCCACCAGCGCAGGUGGAGAAAACCCAGUACGCCCUGGACACUGCGGCUGGCGUGAUGGCCUACUACAUAAACUAUUUCAAUGUUUCGUACGCGCUACCCAAAUUGGAUCUGGUUGCCAUACCCGAUUUCGUGUCUGGUGCUAUGGAAAAUUGGGGAUUGGUCACGUUCCGAGAAACGGCUCUUCUGUACGACGAAUCUACCAGUUCCAGCGUUAAUAAGCAGCGUGUGGCCAUCGUCGUGGCCCAUGAAUUGGCCCACCAGUGGUUCGGAAACCUGGUAACUAUGAACUGGUGGAACGAUCUGUGGCUAAAUGAGGGCUUCGCAUCAUUUCUUGAGUACAAGGGAGUAAAGCAAAUGCAUCCAGAAUGGGAUAUGGACAAUCAGUUCGUGAUUGAGGAACUGCAUUCGGUGCUGACCAUUGAUGCCACCUUAGCCUCCCAUCCGAUUGUCAAGUCCAUUGAGAGUCCAGCUGAGAUCACGGAGUACUUCGAUACCAUCACCUACUCCAAGGGAGCCGCCUUAGUACGCAUGCUGGAGAAUCUGGUGGGCGAGGAAAAAUUGAGGAACGCCACCACCCGCUAUUUGGUGCGUCAUAUCUACCGUACUGCCACCACCGAAGAUUACCUCACCGCAGUCGAGGAGGAGGAAGGCCUGGACUUUGACGUGAAGCAGAUCAUGCAGACCUGGACGGAGCAGAUGGGUCUUCCGGUUGUGGAGGUGGAGAAAAGUGGAAGUACUUAUAAGCUCACCCAAAAGCGUUUCCUGGCCAACGAAGAUGACUACGCAGCCGAUGCUGAAGCAUCGUCCUUCAACUACCGUUGGUCGAUUCCCAUUACCUACACGAGCAGCAUCAACAAUGAAGUCCAAUCAUUAAUAUUUAACCACAAUGACAAUGAGGCCACCAUCACGCUUCCUGGAGAGGCCAGCUGGAUUAAGAUUAACACGAAUCAAGUGGGAUACUACCGGGUGAACUACGGCAGCGAACAGUGGGCGGAACUUAUUUCGGCCCUGAAGAACUCCCGGGAAACCUUCAGCACCGCCGAUCGCGCUCAUCUGCUGAACGACGCCAAUACCUUGGCCGCUGCCGGACAGCUUAACUACUCCGUGGCACUGGAUCUGAUAUCUUACCUGGAGAGCGAGCAGGACUACGUGCCCUGGAGCGUAGGCACCUCCGCCCUGGCUACUUUAAGGAACCGCGUAUACUACACGGAUUUGUACACUAAUUACACCACCUACGCCCGUAAACUCCUUACGCCCAUCGUAGAAAAGGUCACAUUUACCGUUGCAGCCGAUCAUCUGGAAAAUCGCCUCCGCAUCAAGGUGCUGAGCUCAGCCUGCAGCUUGGGACACGAGAGCUCCUUGCAACAGGCAGUCACGCUGUUCAACCAGUGGCUAGCCAGCCCCGAGACCCGACCCAAUCCGGAUAUCCGCGACGUGGUCUACUACUAUGGUCUGCAACAGGUGAACACAGAGGCCGCCUGGGAUCAAGUGUGGAAGCUGUACCUGGACGAGAGCGAUGCCCAGGAGAAGCUGAAGUUGAUGAACUGCCUAACCGCCGUGCAGGUGCCAUGGCUGUUGCAGCGAUACAUCAACUGGGCCUGGGAUGAGAGCAAUGUGCGCCGACAGGACUACUUCACCCUGCUGGGAUACAUAUCCACCAAUCCGGUGGGUCAGAGUCUUGUGUGGGAUUACGUGCGUGAAAACUGGGAGAAGUUGGUGGAUCGUUUCGGCAUCAAUGAACGCACCUUGGGUCGUCUGAUCCCCACGAUCACUGCCCGCUUCUCAACAGAAACCAAGCUGGAAGAGAUGCAGCAGUUCUUUGCCAAAUAUCCCGAGGCUGGAGCCGGAACCGCGGCCCGUCAACAGGCGUUGGAAGCGGUGAAGGCAAACAUCAAAUGGCUAGCGGUCAACAAGGCCCAGGUGGGCGAAUGGUUGGCCAAUUACGUUCAACAGUCCACCGUCACCAACCGCAUUCAGUGAACACUAAACUCGGCCAUUUGCACCUUGUAAAAUAUCAGUAAUGUAAAAACUACCAAUGGAAGUGACUAUAGUCUUAGCUAACUAGUGCAGCAAAAGCAUUUCAAAUAUGAACGAAGAAUUGUGAUUGCUUAUGAUAUUUUUGAAGAAAAUACAAGUGAAAAAAAAUUUGUGUAA